AUGUCUUAUAAUUCAAACCCAGAAAGUUACAGUUCGUCCGCCGCCGCCGCGAACUCGCCGGAGCUUAAACUAUACCAAGCUUUCAUCUUUUCUGUGCCAAUCUGCUUCACAUUCAUCAUCCUCUUCUUGUUCUACUUGAUCUACCUCCGUCGCGGCAGCUCCGAUUUGUCUUCCCUCGGAAUGCGAACUACUUUCCUCGCCGGAAACUCUCUCCACACGGCUGAAUUAGGAUUAAGCAAAGAGCUGAGAGAGAUGCUCCCCAUUGUCGUCUUUAAAGAGAGCUUCUCCAUAAUGGAUUCACAAUGUUCAGUGUGCCUUGGUGACUAUCAAGCAGAUGACAAGCUUCAACAGAUCCCGGUUUGUGGACACACAUUUCACAUGGACUGUAUUGAUCUUUGGCUCACAUCACAUUCCACUUGCCCUCUUUGCCGUCUCACUCUUAUCCCAAGCCAAUCCCAUCAAAGCCAAGAAGAAGAAGAAGAAGAAGAUCCUCCUCGUCCGAGUCUCUCAAGCCCUGAUGGAGAAGUCUCGAAUCAACCGGAGUCUCAGCAAGAAAACCACAGAAACAAUGACCAAGAUCAACAACAAUGUGAUCCAGAUGGAGAGAGCUCUAAAGAAAGGCAAGAGGAGGAUGAAAGAAACAGCAUCGGUACAUCGAAUGCUUGUACUAAUUGUAGACUUGGUUAA